AUGCCUACUUAUUUGAUGUCAUCCAUAUCUCAUCUCAGACAUAAAGAUGCAAUCAAAUCAGUAGCCUCAGAGAAGAUCUUAAAUGAGAUAAGUAUUUAACACCUCUAUAAAGAUACUGUACACCCUUUUGUGGAAGUUUCUUUUCAACACACUGUAUAUCAAACCAGUAGUGCAAGUGGAUCUCAUCCAUGCUGGAAUGAAGAAAUUAGAGUAGAUUUUGUCUCAUCAGGACAUGAUUACAGUUUCUCAAGUUUGUCUAAAAUAAAAGAUAAUAUAUAUAUCAACAUUUUUGAUGAAAUGAUGAUUGAAAAACAUGAGGAUCACUGUCUAAAGAACUGCAGUGGUCACUUGUAUAUAAGAAAGAAUUGGCUUGGGUCCAUUGUCUUCCCUUUCUCUACUCUUCUGCAACAGUCUGAGUUUUCAGAUCAAAUAGAUGUUUUGCAGAGAGCACAGAUUUUUAAAAGACAUUGUAAGGCGAUGUUUCCCAAACGAAGAAUCACAACUACUGUUUUUAAUAAUGAAGGGAUACAGAUCUUAGUAACAAGAUAUAUCAAGGCAUUAAAUCCACCUCAACAACUUCUGGAUAUAUUUCUUCACGAUUCUAACAUGACAUUUGACCUCAUUGCUCGAUUUGUAUCUCUGAUUCCUUUUAUGCCUGAUACACUGGAUGAAAAUGAUAGCUUUGAUAUUUGGAUGACAUCAGAGCGCUGUAUCAGUUUGGCUAUUGGAAACAAGGAGGAGCAUGCCAUACUUCUCUGUAAUUACUUUUUGUAUUUUGGAAAGAAAGCCUUGGUUCUCCUGGGAACUUCAAUGUUGGAAGGACAUGUGGCUUAUGUGUUAACUCAGGAAACUGAUGAAUAUUUGCUUUGGAAUCCACUAACUGGGCAAUAUCACAAGCAGUUUGAUCCAUUUUGUCCUUUACAAAGUGUAGACUGUUUGUUUGAUGAUGGAAAUGUGUGGUUUAAUAUCCAGCAGAAUAAUACACCAAUGGCUGUACAUUUUGACUAUUCAAAGGAAGGUUUCUGGAAACAGUUAUUUCCAAAAAAUUUUCAAGGGCCAAAAGCACAAAGCAUACAGCCUAAAGAAAUAAUUUAUUCAGAUACUAAUAAAAGCAUGGUAGAAGACUUAAGGAACAGAAUUGAAAGAUCUCUAAAGUGUAAAAUGAUGGAAUGGCGACCUAAACAGCCAACACGUUGGAAUCGACAAUGUACUUCUAUUUUGCGACAAAUCCUUCCUAAGCUGGAACCUGGAACAGGAAGCUUUGUUUCAUUUGAAGAAGAGAGUGAAUUUGAAAGACUGCUACAAUUUUAUUGGGUGGCAGGAUUUCCCAUCCAGAUGCCAUACACUGAUGUCCAGUCAGUUAUUGAUGCUGUGUACCAAACUGGAAUUCACUCUUCUGAUGUUCCCCAGACAGAAUUUGCUCUAGCUGUAUACAUUCACCCAUACCCAAACAACAUAUUAUCUGUUUGGGUCUAUUUGGCUUCCUUAGCCCGACAUCAGUGACAAAAGAAGAGAAAAUGGAAGAAUUGUAUUUUGGGUCCUUGGAUCUGAAGCAGCCAACACUCUUCUGAUACUUUGGGAUUUUGCUGCGUAUCCUCAAGUCCAGCCAAGUGCUGAGCCCGGUUAUCAGUCCACUUCUAGAGUUGUGCACCAUGGAGACUCAUCUUGGAUCUUUGAAGACAGUCUAGAUGACCUCCUCACCAGAGACCUCCUCAAAAGAGGACCUUUAGGGCAGUCUGGCUGCCUUCAGUCACUGUCUACAUGUCUUAUUCUGGGAAAGAAACACCUCUGGCCUUUCCACCUAAGACCAGUGUUCCUCAAAUUGUGGGCCUCACACCACCCUGACCACAAUCACCUGGGGAGCCUUGAUGA